AUGAACCCCCCAUCGCCGGCAAAGAGACGCGCCCUCGCGCCCCUGGACGCGAACGUGAACGCGAUGUUGCCCACGAAGCUGCACAAACACUCCAAGCUGAUGCAGCCCAGCUCGCCGCGCAAAAGCCCCGUCAAGGCUCUCAAUCUCAAGAGGCCCCUCGCCGCCGUCGACAUCUUUGACGAGAACGCCAUCGGCCCCAACAAGAAGCACUGCCAGGAGCCCGCCUCUGCAGCGUCACUGCCUGUCACUGCUGCUGCUGCUGCUGCCGCCGCCGCCACCGCACCCGCAUAUGGACCUGAAGUUGCACCGGCACCUGCACAAGAGCUUGCUUUGGCAUCGGAAGCUAUUUCACCAGCCCUUGCUUCUGCAUCCGGACCCGCACCAACUACCGCGCCCGCACAGACGGAGAUGGACGUGGACGUUGAGCCCGACGCCAUUGAGGACCAGAGCGAAGAAUCAGAAGAGCAAAAACAAGACAGCGAACAACAACCACGACCCGAGAUUCAGGGCGACGAUGAACAGCAGGAACAGCAAGAAGAUUCGCGGCACGAGACACCGCGAACCCGCUCCGUGUCCCCCGACACGUCGGCCGUGUUCGACACUUCCGCCAUGGACACGUCCCAGAACACCACCAUCCUCACCGAGCCCGACGCAGAGCAGGCUAGGACCCUGCCGCCGCCGAGGCCGAGAAGGUUAUUGACCCGCGAGGAGGCGCGUCAGAAAGCCCAGAUCCUGCGACUCAAGCUCGGGCUCGCAAACUACAAGCUUCAGACGGGACAGGAGAACGUGCCUCUCGAUAGGCUGCAGGUGAAGCCGCGACCGGGGCAGCAGCAGCAGGAGACGAAGACGCAGACGCAGACGACGGAGAGGGCCCUGCCGAGGGUCACGGUACAGCCGCCUUCAAGCCGUGAUGGGCCUCCCGAGAAAGAGGUUGGGGAGGUCGGGGAGACCAAGACCGCGAGGGAGUCUUCUGAACAACAUCAGGAGUCUGAGGCCGAAUUAGCGACGCAGCAGAUACAGAAAGAGAGGGAAGCUCGGAAUACGGGCAGCGUGCUGUCGCGUCUGGUGAUGGGUGACAUCAAGGCCGUGGACGACGAUGAACCGACGAGGGCUGUUUCGGGUGGUGUCGUGAGCAGUCUGCUCAGCUUGGCGAGGGGGUCUUCUUCUUCUGUUUCUACUUCGUCAUGA